AACCUGAUUAAAUUUGUUAAAGAGGUAUGUCAUGACGUGGCCGUGGUAGGAGGCGGAGUUGGCGGUGCGUAUACAGUAUGGAAACUCCGAAAACAGCGACUUAGAGUCGGCCUCUACGAAUUUUCGGACCGAUUGGGUGGGCGCUAUUUUACACACCACUUCUCACUAGCUCCUGAUAUCCCGAUAGAAUUAGGAGCCAUGAGAUUCAGUCCGGAAGAUCAUCCGAUAUUGUAUCGUACCGUGAAGGAAGUUGGAUUAACGACAGAGUUAUUUGGGCCUGAUGACUACUUGUCUGAGGAAGCAUCAUUUUUCCUUAGAGGACAUCAUCUUCGGAAUAGAGACUUCAAACAAAACAAUGUCCCCUACAAUCUACGUCCAAAUGAAAACCGAGGAUUACAUGAAUUAUACAGAUAUCUGACACAGAGGACCAACUUCAGUGGGGACUUUUCAUCGCUUAACAAGGAACUACGCUAUAUGAUUUCAGACGACAGAGUGAAGCUUGGGGACCAAACAAUCGCAGAAUUUUUCAAGAAAUAUUUGAGUGAUGAGGCGGUGGAAGUGAUAAAUAACGUUUUAAAGUUCAACUUGUACAACGUGUCGGCCUCCACUGUAAUGCGGUUUUUAACGGAUAAAACCACUCUCCAUGAUUCCUUGACGAUACCGGGAGGUAUGCAACAACUUCCGGAACAGUUGGUGACGCAGUUCCUUUCCUCUAGCAUGGAACACAGCCUCCAUUUGAAUCACCAGCUGGUCAGUAUCCUCAGAGAGGCCGGAGGAAGUUAUAAACUAGGAUUUCUGAAGACUGUCACAGUAAAUGGUAAAACACAUCCGACUAACGAGUCUAUUACUGUGUGUAGUCGCCGGAUAGUACUGGCUAUUCCAACACCAGCCUUGCUUAAGGUCAACUGGGAUGUUUUACAAAGGCCACAUAUUCUAUCAAAUUUGAACACAGUGAACUAUCAUGUUGGUACAAAGUUUUAUUUGCUGUACGAUUUCCCUUGGUGGACAAACUUCUUUGGUAAAUCCCACCCAUACUCUAGAAGUGCUUUUCUUCCAAAAUGCCAAAAUUAUUCGUUCAACAUUGUAGAGACUGUUAUCAGAAGUUUAAUGAAGGAUUUCGUCGAAAUAUGAUCUCACUUUCCUCUUGAUAUGACUUUUAAUUUUGGCGUUUCCAUGGAGACCGGCAAGGCUGUUUUGUUGGCAGCAUAUUCGGUACAUGAUAUUUGGACGGAAUUACAGAAACAAGGACAGCCGAUAACUCAAGGUCAUCACAGCGUGUCCACCAAAGUAGUGCGCCACGCCCACGGAUAUCUCACAAAGCUGUACAAUGUCCCUGUUAAUGAAAUUCCCGCUCCAAGGGACGGUUUCAUAUCUCACUGGGACGAAUACCCAUAUGGAACGGCCUUCAGUACUUCGAAAACAAAUGUAGACAAGGAAAUUGUUUGGAAGACAGUUCGGAAACCCUCAGAGAUCGACGACGUUUUUAUCGUAUCUGGGACUUACUACUCUAAACGGAUGUCUGAUGCCUUUUCCGAAUAUUGCCUUGAAGCUGUCGAAGAUAUACUGGACAGUUAUUUCUGAAGAAAUCAGCUUGCUCUACUGGAUUUUAUGUAACUGCCGAACAGUUCAACUCGUCAAAUAUCUCAGCAACUAUAUGCAUCGUGCUAAAUUGUCGGGUUUCUAUAAAUGUGAAAUAGACUUUUAAAUAAACUUUUCUCAAAUACUA